GAAGAGCAAAAAUGAUAUUGACUGCCAUUUGAACAUGUAGAUGUAGUGAUCAAAUAUUAUGUCCCGUGACUGUGAGUGAGAUUCAUGCUUAGUAGCAUUUACCUAACAAGUCAUGGGCAUGUCUGCGCUACCUUUCCCAUACUCAGGAUCCCCCUCUCCAUCUCUUCCUGUUUCUCAACAAAAAUGGUUUAAAAUCAAACCCAAUUCCAAUAUAAACACGUCCUUAUUAAUCCAAAGCUGCCACAACCAACCAGAGCACAUUAACAGCAAUGGCCAUGCCAGAUUUCCAGAGAAGAAUCCUUUCAUCAACCCCGCAUUCUCCACCUUUGUCCCUCCCAGACCUCGAAGGAUAAUCCUGGUUAGGCAUGGAGAGAGCCAAGGAAACGUGGAUGAGACCGAGUACACGAGGGUGGCUGAUCCCAAGAUAGGCCUCACCAACAGAGGCAAGGCCCAAGCAGAGGACUGUGGCUACAGGAUCAAGAACAUGAUUGAAGAAGAUGGUGACGAAAAUUGGCAAGUUUACUUCUAUGUAUCCCCAUACAGAAGGACCCUCGAAACAUUGAAAAGCCUCGCUCGUCCCUUUGAACGCUCAAGAAUCGCUGGCUUCAGAGAAGAGCCUCGCAUUCGAGAACAAGAUUUCGGGAAUUUUCAAAACAGAGAAAAGAUGCGAGUGCAUAAAGGAAUGCGCAUGCUAUAUGGUCGUUUCUUUUACAGAUUUCCAGAUGGGGAAUCCGCAGCUGAUGUAUAUGAUAGAAUCACAGGAUUCAGAGAAACGCUGAGAGCAGAUAUUAAUAUUGGACGAUAUCAGCCACCUGGGGGUAAGAAAGCAGACAUGAACUUGGUCAUCGUGUCGCAUGGUCUGACACUUCGAGUUUUUCUCAUGAGAUGGUACAAAUGGACCGUCCAACAGUUCGAGGGUCUCAACAACAUGGGCAAUGGAAAUAUGCUUGUCAUGGAAAAGGGUUAUGGGGGAAGGUAUAGCUUAGUGAUGCAUCACGAUGAAGAAGAGCUAAGACGAUUUGGAUUGACUGAUGAAAUGCUAAUUGAUCAGGAGUGGCACAAAUAUGCAAGGCCUGCUGAUCUGAAUUAUGAUUGUCCAAUGGUGAAUUCCUUCUUUCCCCAUCUCCAUGAAGGAACAACAAGUAGGCCUCAACAAGAAGGGUGAUCGAUAGUGUAUAGCAACCUCACUGUCAACGCACAGGCUACACAGCAUAAUUAUCAGUUAAAAUUACGAUAGUGAAUUUCUGUAACAUAAUUAGUAGAAAAAACUAUACCAAAAAAUUUAAAAAAAAUUGUGGAAGAACUAUGUGAUUAUAUGCUGUAUACAGUUAACUGCUACAGCCUACAUGAUCACGUGUGCCUAUUUAACUCCUAAAUUAUGUAGUUACUGCUAGCUAGGAUCAGUUGGUUAGUUUCUAGCAAAUACUGGUUAGCUGAGAUGAUUACAAAUACCUACAGCAUUUCUCAAAUUUUAGUUAUUAACAUGAUAUAU